AUGGCCUGGACUGCUCUCCUGCUGGUGCUCCUGUCUCAGUGCACAGGCUCUCUCUCUAAGGUCGUGCUGACUCAGCCAUCCUCUCUCUCUGUGUCUCUGGGAGCAUCUGCCAGACUCACCUGCACCCUGAGCAGUGACCUCAGUGUGGAGCUCUAUCCCAUAUCCUGGUUCCAGCAGAAGCCAGGGAGCCGUCCCCGCUAUCUCCUGAGGUACAACUCAGACUCCAACAAGCACCAGGGCUCUGGGGUCCCCAGUCGCUUCUCUGGAUCCAAGGACACCUCGGCCAGCGCUGGCAUUCUGCACAUCUCGGGGCUGCAGCCUGAGGAUGAGGCCGACUAUUACUGUCAGUCCUGGGAUGUGGACAGCCUACACAGUGACACAGGCCGAUGGGGAAGUGGGACACAUUCAGUCACUGAGCUGCUGGCCUGUGUCUCCUACCAUGCCCUGUCACUUGUAUGUGCAGCAACCCUACCCGGGAAGAUCAGUGACUUGGUGUUUCUCUUGGUGUAA